AUGGUCAUUUCUUAUCAAGUGCAGAGAUUAGCAAGAAAAACUGCAAAAAUUGGUUUCAGCGCAAUUAACUCGUUCAAGAAGAAGGCAUUGCAUCUUAUGGGCUGCCUUUGCUCCAAAGGCGCCAAAGAUGAUAAUGCCGCUUCUGGACACAGAACACCAUCAAGGAGAGAUGAAUCUACAGUUGCAACAAGUGCCAAGACUAGCGCGGUGCUGAAUGCAAAGUUCAAAGGAAAUACAUUAAACUCCAGCACAUUAGAUUCAUAUGGUGGAGGGAAGGUGGUAGCUUUAGAUGCUAGGAUCAGCAGUGGUAACAAUACUGACCUGAAAGGGCUCUCAGGUGAGCAUAUAGUUGCCGGUUGGCCAUCUUGGCUCGUAAAUGUGGCACCUAAAGCUGUAGAAGGAUGGUUGCCUCGGCGAGCAGAUUCAUUUGAGAAAUUGGCCAAGAUUGGACAAGGAACUUACAGUAUCGUGUAUAAAGCUCGGGAUCUCGAGUCAGGGAAAUUUGUCGCACUAAAAAAGGUGCGGUUUGUCAACAUGGACCCCGAAAGUGUGCGCUUCAUGGCUAGAGAAAUCCAUAUUCUUCGGAGACUGGAUCAUCCUAAUGUCAUAAAGCUUGAAGGAAUUGUAACAUCUCGUGUUUCACAGAGCCUCUAUCUUGUCUUCGAGUAUAUGGAACAUGACCUUGCUGGUCUUGUUGCAACUCCAGGCCUCAAGCUCACUGAGCCGCAGAUAAAGUGCUUCGUACAGCAACUGCUGCUUGGCCUCGAUCAUUGCCAUAAAAAUGGAGUUCUGCACCGAGAUAUCAAAGGCUCAAACCUGUUAAUUGAUGGCAAUGGAACGCUGAAGAUUGGAGACUUUGGCCUGGCCAUAUCCUAUGAUCCCAACAACCCGCAACCGUUGACAAGCCGUGUUGUGACAUUAUGGUACAGACCACCAGAGCUUUUGCUUGGUGCCACGGAGUACGGUGUUGCUGUGGAUAUGUGGAGUACAGGGUGCAUUGUGGCAGAAUUGUUUGCUGGCAAACCUAUCAUGCCAGGAAGAACUGAGGUGGAGCAAAUUCACAAGAUAUUUAAGCUAUGUGGGUCACCACUUGACUGCUAUUGCAAGAAAUCGAAGGUGCCAGAAACAGCAAUGUUCAAGCCUCAUCAGCAAUAUAGGCGGUGUGUUGCUGAGACUUUCAAAGAUUUUCCCCCUUCAGCUGUGGUUCUCAUAGACUCCUUGCUUUCACUAGAACCAGAAGUUCGUGGAACAGCUGCUUCAGCUCUUCAAAGUGAUUUUUUCAGAACCAAACCACUUGCUUGCGACCGUUCAAGCCUACCGAAACUUCCGCCAAGCAAAGAGUAUGAUGUUAGACUCAGGCAAGAAGAGGCGAGGAGGCAAAGAAAUGCAGGGCCUGGCGGACGAGGAGCUGAAUCUGUCAGACCUGGAAAUGAGAAUCAUGUAACCAGUCGCGCCAUUGAUAUUGCUGCUCAAGUGAAGCAACCCACACAUACUACUUCAAAGAGCACCUGUGAGAAGUUUAAUACAGAGGACAGUGUGCCAGGGUUCCGGGUGGAACCACGGGCAUUGCCAACCUCAGUGCAAGUUCCUGAAUAUGGAUCCACAUGGAACAACAUGGGGGGUUACACUGAUCACCAUGCCGUUCCUGGUCGUGUAUGCAGCUCUGUUCGUGUCGCAAGAAAGAAAGGAUCAACUCAUUCAAAUAUACCACAGUAUGACACAACAGAUUUGAGGAAUGGUAUUGAGGUUGCUGAUCACAACCAGCCAGCUGCUAGGCCUGCUUGUUCUCAAAACAAGGACCUGCAGGAGAACCAGGGAAGGAAGUACAAGAGGAUCCACUACUCCGGGCCGUUGAUGCCGCCAGGAGGGAACAUCGAAGACAUGCUCAAGGAGCACGAGAGGCACAUCCAAGAAGCGGUGCGCAAGGCACGCCUUGGCAAGGGGAACAGAUAGCUAGGAGAACAUAGAGCAGCUGAAGGUCAUAGGAGAAAUGAACCAUGGUUCAAUGGUGCUACUGACCCUUUCAACACUAGGAAUAGGAAUUCAAGCAGAGCACUCUUCAGCAAAGCUGCCAUGUUAAAAAGCUGCUUCAAGAGUUCUUGCAUGUAACAUGGUAAGACAACUCAAUACAACAAAGAAUGAGUAGAUUACAUCGCAAAGAUCAGUAAGUUCACAGGUAGGAUAUCACGUUUAAAAUUGAAGAGCGCAGAGAAAUGAGGAAGGGGAAUUACAGAGCCUGGGUGAAUAUAGAGGGGUUUUUUUUCUUUACUUUGUUAAGAGGAACACAAGAAUUUAGGCCUUUUCUGUAAGUUUUGAUGCAGUUAUAAUGCUGUCAUUGUAAAGUUGU